AACUCAACAGUUGAAAGGGCAAUUAAGUUGGGAUGGCUUUGGUAACGUCAGAGGAAUUGUUGGCAACUCUGGUGCCGAUCGCCGUUUAUUGGAUAUAUUCAUUGAUGUAUGUGAUGUUCGAGUCGUGGUUCGAGAAAUACAAGUUGCACUCCCAGAAAGAAGGGGAAGAGAAGAAUUUGGUGUCCAGAAAAACAGUCGUGAAAGCCGUUCUUAUCCAUCAAACCAUGCAAAUUGCUAUUAAUCUCUUCAUGUUUGCGGCUACAAGAGAACAGCAGGGUGAGGCAUCUCACAUGAAACCUUCAACCUUCCUUGUUUUAGCUAAGCAAGUGAUUAUAGCAAUGGUGUUUAUAUAUACAUGGGCGUUUUUCGUGCAUUGGUACUUGCAUCAGAACAAGUUCUUGUACCGACACGUUCAUGUUCCGCAUCACCGGCUGGUUGUUCCGUAUUCGUUCGGAGCACAGUAUAUGCAUCCGAUAGAGGGACUGUUCGACAUCAUGGGUGGGACAUUAGCUAUACUCCUGUCCGGCAUGUCUCCUCGAACCAGCAUGUUUUUCAUAUCUGUUGCGAUCGUUAAAUUAGUGGAUGAUCAUUGCGGGAUGAAGCUUCCGGGGAACCCUUUUUACCUCUUCAACAACAAUUCUGCAUACUAUGAUAUCCACCAUCAGCUUUAUGGUGCCAAAUACAACUUCUCUGUCUACUUUGUCAUAUGGGAUAAACUUCUGGGAACCUAUAUGCCUUAUUCACUUGAGAAGAAUCCUCAAGGAAGACUUGAAGUACGACGUGGUGAUCGAGAGCAAAAACAUGAUUGAUUGGCUAAUUAUAAUUAGCCAAUUAUGAUGAAUGAUCGUUUAGUUUUUAUACGUAUCAAUACAUGUAUUAUGUAUACUACUAUGCUUCACUGGGAAUAAAGGUAAUUCUGGUGUGAAACUAAAUAUUAUAAAUAAAAGUUGAAGCUUGUAUGCUU